GUUUGAAUGGAUCACUGCUGGGGAUUUACGCCAUGAAGCAAUGGGAUAUCUGAUCAAUCCUGGGUUACUGACACGGCUGUCAUCUCUAAAAGAUUCAUUCAUACCCUGAAAGAUGACAUUCCAAACAUGCAGCAAGCUACCGACCAGUUUAGCUCUCCAGCAGCUGGCCAAUAGGACUCCACUUCCUGUUUCCCAGCACUGCUAUAUACAGUGUUGUUUCACCCGGCUGCAUGAUUUAAGUUACUCCCACAGAAGUCAUGCAGGAAAACCAAGAAGAGCAUUUGGUACUUCACAUGAGGAACAAUAGAGAGCAGUCAGUGAGGUCUGAGGCUCUUAGGAGACGAGUUUAACCGGGUUCUCUGAAUUAUGGACUCUUUAGGGACUUAAACCUGAGGAUUUAUGCUGUUUCUAACCGUGGAUUUACUUGAUUGUUUACGAGAAGAAUGUCACUCCCAGAGGAGGAUCUGACAUGCCCCAUAUGCUGUGACAUUUUCUCAGACCCCGUUUUGCUGGCAUGUAGCCACAGCUUCUGCAGGGGCUGUCUGAAGCGCUGUUGGGACAACGGCUUACGUGAGUGUCCAGUGUGCAGAAAAAAAGCCUCCAAGUCCACUGCGCCUUCUAAUCUUGCUCUGAAGAACGUCUGCGAAGCUCUUCUGGAGGUCAGGAGACAGAACUCGGUGGUCGUGGAGGACAAGACAAACUGUAGCCAGCAUGGGGAGAAGCUGAAACUGUUCUGUUUGGUUGACAAACAGCCCAUCUGUGUGGUGUGUCAGUCUUCGAAGCUGCACAAAAGUCAUGAUUGUUCACCUAUAGAAGAGGCAACAGUGGACUGCAAGGUAAGGAUUAAACAUAAAUGUGUUCCUGACCUAGACUGCAACAUCAACCUAAUACACUGACUUGUCAGCCUGACGUUUUUAAGGUAACACCUAAAGGUAGAAUGCAGUCCCACAAGUCUGUCCUGAUUGUUACCUUUAAACCAGCUGAGCUGAAAAAUAUCCAAAGUGCUCCUAACACGGUGACACUAUUCUAUUAAGCUAUUUAAUUACUCACUUAAGGCCUGCUUUGUUUUCAGGAUGAACUCUCUCUAUCCCUCAAGAGCUUGCAAGACAAACUGGACAACCUCAAAAGGAUUCACAUGACCUCCGCGGACACGUUCAAAUACAUCAAGGUAACCCGGCGUACAAUGACGGAGUUGAUUCUGGGUUGAAAUAAUGCGGUUAAAGGAACCAAACAUGUGCAAUUAUACUCCUUAGACUCAGUCGUUGGAAACUCAAAGGUUGAUAAAGAGUCAGUUCAAGCAGCUCCAUCAAGUCCUCCACGCGGAGGAGUCAGCCAGGAUAGCAGCUGUGAAAAAAGAAGAAGAGGAGAAGAUCGCAGGGAUGAAGGAUAAAAUAAAAGAGGUGUCAGCAGAAGUGCUGAACCUCACAGAGAUCAUCUCGGUCAUACAGGAGCAGAUUAAAGAAGAUGACAUGGUCUUAUUGAAGGUUGGUAACAGUUCAGUAAACAUCACACUUUUAAUCAUUACCCAAUGUUCAAUCUAAAAUACGAUGACAUGGUCUUAUUUAAGGUUGGCAACACUUCAGUAAACAUCAAACUUUAAUCAUUACCCAAUGUUCAAUCUAAAAUUUCCCACUUUCACGUGAUUUUUUUCUUUUUUUCUAGAAUUUCCAAUCCACUCUGGAAAGGUAAGGCUGGAAAAGCUGCUGUGUGUGUGUUCGUGUGUCUUGCCUUGACAUGUUGCCUCAGUGUAAAGUUUCUUUUCUCAUCCCAGAAGGAAGAGUGUAGCACUUGGUUCAGACCACAUGUCAGGGACUCUGAUUGACAUAACCAAGCAUCUUGCCAACCUCAAGUACACAGUCUGGGAGAACAUGCUGGACCAGAUAGAUUACAGUGAGUACGCAUUGCUUUAAUUUCUCUCAAAUUUAGAAGCCAAUAGAGUUUUACUGUUAAAUCUGAAAUGUGUUAAAUAUAUAAGUCUUUAAGUAUGACCAUUUUCCUGUCUUUCAGCCCCGGUGACUUUGGACCCAAACACAGCACACCCCUGCCUCAUCCUGUCCGAGGACCUCACUUCCCUCCACUACUCAAAGCAGGCCACUUGUUGCCCUGACAACCCCGAGCGCUUCCACAUCAGCGCUGAGGUGGUAGGCACGGCCUCGCUGGGCUCCGGAAAUCACCACUGGGUCGUGGAAACAGGAAGCAAUCAGGACUGGCUUCUGGGUGUGGCUUCUUCAUCCGUACCUAGAAACAAUGAGAUCUCCGCUCGGCCCGAGAACGGAUUCUGGACACUGUGUUUCCGGGAUGGAGAGCUCAGGGCGAUGACUUCGCCCCCCACCUCACUGACAAUUACAAAACCGCCCAAACAAGUCAAAGUGCAGCUGGAUUACAACAAAGGAACAGUGUCGUUUUCUGACACUGCUGAUAACACAACGAUUUACACAUUUACAACAACAUUCAAAGAAUCUUUGCUUCCAUAUUUUUAUACACAGAGCAGUCAUCCACUGAGAAUAAUGCCAGAAAAGGUACUUAUUACAAUGCUGCGCCAAUAAGUAGAUUAAUAGUGCAAAAGAAAAGGGUAAAUGACAGGAUGCGGUGUUCAUUUCUCUUUUCACACAGUUCUUUUGAGCUGUUUCUUUCUCCUAAAAGUCUAACAUUUUUGGUUUUGCACUUGAAUGCUCUUCUGCAGAAGGCUAAAUGAGAGGAUUGAUGCAGCUAACAUGUCUGAAACUACUACCAGAGGCCCAUUAGCUUUGCAAUAUGGCAUAGAGAUUGAAAACAGCAUGUCUGGCUCAUCCUAAAGGCAGACAGUUCUGCCUCUAAACCUAUAAAUCUCACUUUGGUGUGUCUUGUUUAUUCAGCAUUUGCACAAAUUUAAGUGUACUACCAUCAGGUAGCGAGUGGUUAUAGCCUAACUUAGAUAUCACCUGGCUCAUAUAAUACAUAACAGACAGCUAUUACAGCAACAUGAGUCGUCUUAUCAAGCAUCCAAAGAGAGAGCACAUGAUUUCUGUGCUGCUGGUGAUGCAAAAGUAGGUCAAUUUAAUAAGAUAUCUAAAUUAGACUUGAAAUCAACUCUGGGCUAAAGACCAAACAAACUCAUGACUAAACCAGUGGUGGAAAAUAUACCAAAGUUUUCGGGUUGUUGCGGUCAUUUUCUGUGUUAUGUAAACUUUCUGAAAUGCUGUAUUAUGGUAUGCACUUUCAAAAUCAGCUGUACAGAUGAAAAAGUUUUAGGUUGGUGAGUUACUGGGCUUCUUUUGAUUCAUGCAAACGAAUUUACUGCUGUGCAGAUAUUGUCUGUGGGUAAUGAACAUGUUAUUUUACACUGGACUGGGACCAAAACCUGCCCGGCACCAUGCACUUUAUACACACAAUCACACAUACUAAUCUUUAUGUUAACCUAAGCAGGGAAAGAGGAGCAUCUAUUCACUGAUCUCAUGUGUAUAUUUAUUGUUACAGACUGUACAGUACAGUCUAUUCUUCUCUUUGUACACAGGGUGGCGCCAAAGUCAAACAAGUAUCAUGAAGGGUUUUAUUCAAGCAGAGACUGCUUUGAACACACAAACCUCACACCGUUUAAAUGAAUUAAUGUAAUAUAUGAUCAAUCAUGAAACGUUAAAUUUAACUUUGAUUUCCCACUUGUCUCAUUCUUGAUGAUGCUCUCUGUUACUCUAUUAAACUUUUUGUUCAAUAAAACAUACAUUUGGAAAUAGCAAAUUAAUAAUAAAUCAGUCAAGACAAUAAAA